CGCACCUUUAUCGUGAUAUAAUGCAUGUGCUUUGCCGUUCUCUAGCGUGGCGCCAUAGUGAUCACUGCACGGAACAAACGUGCUCUCUAUCACAUGGCGAUGGUCUGUAUACAAUGUCUUUCUUCACCAAUCUUAGUACGAGGCUACUGCCACGCGAUCUUACCUAGUGUCUCUUUCGAGUGACCGACGAGCAUCAUUGUCCAUCAUGUUUGCAUGGCUGGUUGGCUCGUCAACAAGGCCACCAGUAUUACUGAGAUUCAGGAGUUCGAGCACAUUCAUCAUUGUUACGGUUGCGACGGCCGUGUUCACAGAUAUCUUUACGUACGCGAUAAUAGUACCUGUGCUUCCUUUCGCCCUGACUACUCGCUCUGGCAUCAAGGCUGAUUCCAUACAAACAUGGAUCUCCGUCUUCCUGGCUCUCUACGGCGCAACGCUGCUCGUCGUGGCACCGAUCUGUGGAUGGUUAGCCGACCGUUCUUCCAACCGCCGAGCCCCACUGGUCUUCGGUCUACUGGCUUUAGGUGGGUCGACGGUCAUGCUCUGCGUCGGUAACAGCAUUGGGCUACUGGCGGCCGGCAGGCUCCUCCAAGGCGCGAGCUCAGCGGUUGUUUGGGUUGUCGGCUUGGCAUUACUGGUAGACACCGUGGGCGCAGAGGGCGUCGGGUCCGCUAUGGGCUAUGUUGGGCUGAGUUUGAGCCUGGCAUUGAUGCUUGGCCCGCUGUUAGGCGGUGUGGUGUUUGCUGCUUCCGGGUAUUAUGCAGUCUUCGCCAUGGCUUUUGGCUUGAUUGUACUGGACAUCAUCAUGCGCUUGGCUUUGAUCGAGAAGAAAGUGGCGGUUAAGUGGCUGCCUGCGGAUCCGACCACUAUUGAGCAGGUGGAGGAAGGUAGAAGCAAAGGCAAGGAAGCGGAGCUCGCCGCAGCACCGCGCUCAACGGACGACGUUGAGAUGCAACCAAGACCAAGUCCAGCGCAGCAUAAAGACGAUAAGCAGAGAGAGCACGACGAGCUCGCAACAGCCGCUGCAGACACAUUACCGACGGACGCACCGACACCGAUCAAGCGUCUCGUAGAUCGCCUGCCCGCCGUCAUCUACCUCUUCUCUUCGCGCCGCGUCGUCUCCGCCUUGUGGGCCUGCCUAAUCCAAGCCUCACUCUACACGGCUUUCGAUUCGCUACUCCCACUAUACGUCCGCGACACCUUCCACUGGAACUCUAUAGGCGCCGGGCUUAUCUUUUUACCUAUUGUCAUUGUCUCCUUCCUUGGUCCAGUCAUUGGAUGGGCGACCGACAAGAUUGGACCGCGCUGGUUCGCUACCGCUGGUUUCAUCGCCGCGUGUCCGCUCCUCAUCCUUCUCCGGCUGGUGCGCUACAACACGCUCAGCCAGAAAGUCCUACUUUGUGCUCUACUUGCGCUGAUCGGCCUUACCCUUACGCUUGUGCUGACGCCCAUGAUGGCUGAGAUCGCGUACGCUGUCGAUGCUAAAGCGCAGCGACAUAAGCCUGGCUUCUUUGGCAAGAACGGAGCGUAUGCGCAGGCGUACAGUCUGUUCAACAUGGCCUGGGCAGCUGGAUGCUUCGUAGGACCUUUACUCGGCGGCUUGAUCAAGGAGCGAGCUGGUUGGGGCACCACGACUCUUGUGCUGGGGAUAGUGAGUUUGGUUACUGCCGUCCCAACUGCAGUAUGGACGGGCGGCAGCAUUAGAAAAGCACGACAACGACAGCGGAAUGUACAGGCAUAAUAGCAUUUAGAUAGCUGUUUUGUGACCACAUUGGAGUCCUAAAUCUCGAGUCAAAUGGUUGUUACCAAUCUACCGCUAUGCAGUGCCGUUCACCUGCUUCGUCGUGAUGCGCUUGAGCAGCCUUGGUUCACUUAUGUCGGCCCAAUUGAGGGUGACCAAGCGCUCGUCGCCAUCGUCAUCAUCGUCACUCAGACCCUCCAUCUCGAACUUCUGAUAGACACGAUUACCGUCAUCGUCGAAGGUCUUCUGUGACACGUCGCGC